AUGGAGCAGCAGAAGCCUAAAUGUGGGCUGCACGCACCGCACUUCCAACAACUCCACACUCCAGACUCCACAGACUCCUUCCCUCAAUUCACAAUCCCCCAGCAGAUCCGAUGCAGCAAAGGGUCUGGCACGCUGCCUCCACUGAAGUUCAGCAGGAGAAAGGCGGCUCAGAGAGGCACGGAUGCCAGCAACCGACUUCUACCCGAGCGGCUUCCUCCUCUCUUGCGACUGAUUCUUUCAGAAUCACCGCAGGCUCUCGCUGCAGCAGAAGCAUGUACAGUUAAGGGGGUUGCCAUGGUCGCCAUACCUACUCUCUCUCUCCUAUUGGUCCUGGCAGAGUGGACAGGUCUGGUGGACGCCUCCCCCCACCUCCUGCUCCGGCCCAGUCCGCGGGAGCGUGAUGCAGGGGCCAUGAUGAACUUCAACAUCGCCGUGAUCCACGCUGGUGCUACAGGGGCGGCCGAGGCGUCGGUGUCGGGGUCCGGGGGCCGGGUCCUCUACCCGGGGUUCGGCCGGGUGUACGGCUCCCUGGGGGAGAGCGUGGUCACCCAGUGGGGCUCUGCGAAUGUCAUCUGGCUACAGGUGAAUGACAGUAGUCCUAAGACGGUGCUGUCCCAGCUGUGUGAGCUGCUGGCGGCGCGGCCCCUGCAGGGUCUGGUUUACGAAGAGGAGAGGCCCCCCCGCACAGCCUGGGGUCCAUUGGCCCCCAUGCUGGAGUUUGUCUCGGCGCAAACAGGACUGCCCAUAGUGGCUGUAGGAGGGGGAGCGGGGCUGGGGAGGAUGCCACAGGAAUCAGGUUCCAUCUUUCUCCAGUUCAGCUCGUCCACUGCCCUCCAGUUGGAGGUCAUCUUCGAGGUGCUGGAGGAGUACGACUGGACGGCCUUCUCCGUGGUGUGCACCCGUCACCACGGCUACCAGGACUUCCUGUCCGUGGUGGAGGGCCUGACGGACGGCUCGUUCAUUGGCUGGGAGAAGAAGAGCGUGGUGAUCCUGAACGUGACCGACGACCCCGGGGGGGCACGCACGCGCAGGCUGCUGAAGGAGAACGAGGCGCAGGUACGUUUGCUGUACUGCUCCCAGGAGGAGGCCGAGCUGGUGUUCAAAGCCGCCUGGGCCGCCGGUCAGGCCGGAGCCUCUCACAUGUGGUUCGCCGUGGGGCCGGCUCUCUCAGGUUUAGGGAUGGAGAACCUACCGCGGGCCGUGUUUGCCGUGCGGCCUCAGGGCUGGAGGGACGAGCCGCGGCGUCGGAUUGCUCGCGGUGUGUCCGUGCUGACUCACGGGGCGGUGGCCAUGCGCAAGGAUUACGGAACAACGGGUGGGCCAAACUUUGUCACCAACUGCAUGACGGAUGCCAAUCAGACUCAGAGAGUGCGGGGCAGGAUGAGGUAUUUCAGCAACAUCACACUUGGGGGUCGUGACUACUCCUUCAGCAUCGAUGGUUACCUGUCGAACCCAUUCCUGGAUGUCAUUUCCUGGACACCUGGACGGGGAUGGGAAGAUGUAGGCUGGUGGGAGAAUGGCGUGCUGAGGCUCCGGUACCCGGCCUGGUCCCGCUACGGGCCGUUCCUUAAACCACCUGAUGAUGCCCAGCACCUGCGUGUUGUCACUCUGGAGGAAAGGCCAUUUGUCAUCGUGGAGCUGGCGGACGCAGCGUCGGGAACCUGCAUCCGUGACUCAGUGCCCUGCAGACGACCCCUCAAUGCCAGUUCCAUCCAUGAGGGCGUGGCUCCCAUGAAGCAGUGCUGCAAAGGCUUCUGCAUUGACAUCCUCAAGAGACUGGCCAAGAUUGUUGGCUUCACCUAUGACCUUUACCUAGUGACCAAUGGGAAACACGGGAAGAAAAUUGAUGGAGUUUGGAACGGCAUGAUUGGAGAGGUGGUUUACAAGCGAGCGGACAUGGCCAUCGGCUCGCUGACUAUCAAUGAGGAGCGGUCGGAGGUUGUGGAUUUUUCCGUCCCUUUUGUGGAGACGGGGAUCAGUGUCAUGGUCUCCCGUAGCAACGGAACUGUAUCACCAUCAGCUUUCUUAGAGCCCUACAGCCCAGCAGUGUGGGUGAUGAUGUUCGUCAUGUGCCUGACUGUGGUCGCUGUGACCGUCUUUAUUUUUGAGUUCUUCAGCCCUGUGGGCUACAACCGCAGUCUCCAGAAUGGCAAGAAGGCUGGAGGGUCUACUUUCACUAUAGGGAAGUCUGUAUGGCUUUUAUGGGCCAUUGUCUUCAACAACUCUGUGCCGGUGGAGAACCCCAGAGGAACCACCAGCAAGAUCAUGGUGCUGAUCUGGGCCUUCUUUGCCGUCAUCUUUCUGGCCUCCUACACUGCUAACCUGGCCGCUUUCAUGAUCCAGGAGGAGUACAUUGACACUGUGUCGGGCCUCUCGGACAAGAAGUUUCAGCAUCCCGAGGAGCAGUACCCACCUCUCAAGUUUGGCACGGUGCCCAACGGAAGCACGGAAAAGAAUAUCCGCUCCAACUACCCAGACAUGCACCAGUACAUGGGCAAAUACAACCAGAGAGGAGUGGAGGAUGCCAUACUCAACCUAAAGACCGGGAAACUGGAUGCUUUUAUUUAUGAUGCUGCAGUAUUGAACUAUAUGGCCAGGAAGGACGAAGGUUGUAAGGUGAUGACCAUAGGCUCGGGGAAGGUUUUUGCCACCACAGGCUACGGUAUCGCCCUGCACAAAAACUCACGCUGGAAACGUCCUCUUGACCUGGCCCUGCUGCAGCUGGUGGGAGAUGAUGAGAUUGAGAUGCUGGAGCGCCUCUGGCUCUCUGGUAUUUGCCAUAAUGACAAAAUUGAGGUGAUGAGCAGUAAACUGGAUAUUGACAACAUGGCCGGGGUCUUCUACAUGCUGCUGGUGGCCAUGGGCCUGAGUCUGCUGGUGUUUGCCUGGGAACACUUGGUCUACUGGAAGCUGCGCCACUGCAUGGCCACCAGUUCCGGCAAAUUGGACUUUCUCCUUGCAAUUAGCAGGGGCAUGUAUAGCUGUUGCAGCUUUGAGGAUGAAACAGCACCAGGUGGAGCAAAAUCUUUGCCCACUCAUCACCAUACGGCAAUGGUGACAGUUCCAUCCCAGCCACAUGUUGUCUCAACGUCUAUGACCAACCCGGUUAUUGCAAUGGUGCAACAGCAGCAACCACCGCAACAGCAGCAACCACAGACUGUCUACAAAACACCUCUACCAGGCUCACCUCCCACCAUGAUGCAUUCUGGGACAGCACUGGGCCCCUCCAAUACACCCAUUGCUGGCGCACCCCUCCCUUGCACCACCUUUCUGCCUCGGCCAGAUCGCAGACUGGCUGUGGUGGAUCGCUGGAGACUGCCGAAAACGGCUCCAGCUACCAACCCUAUGGCUGUGAGGUGGCCCGUCACUGACAUGGGACCCUUUGCUCAGAAAGUCCCACCCAACUGGGCUCCAAGUGCUGGAGGUGCUGGGGGACUCGAUGGUUAUAAGAGAUACUAUGGUCCCAUUGACCCUGAGGGACUGGGGCCCUGCAUGGAGCAGCAGGCAGGGUCCCAGACCCCCAAGACUAUGCCCAGGGGGGCCGUUAAAGCUCUGGGCACUCCCAGAGUGCCUCCUAAGAGUCAGGCCCCUCUGCCUCCUACACCCCCACUGCCACACCCCUCUCCCCCUCUCCCCUCAUCCUUCUGGAGGAAACGCAGACCCAAAAAGGCCAAAGAGCCUGGAGGGCCACUGUAUGAGAACAUUCUGCCCCUGGGGCGGAGGGGAGCAGCACGAGAUGAAGUGAGGGAGGGAGGAGGGAGAAGGGCACGCCCGCUCUCUCCCCCGCUCUCACUUCCAGUGCCAGUACCCCUCAGCCCCUCCUAUACACCUCCUUCUCCAUCUGCGUCCUUGCACUAUACGUCCUCGACGUCUUCGUCGACCACUUCAUCCACAUCCACAUCUUCAUCUGCUUCAUCUUCUCGCUCCACCUCUCCCACCUACUCUUACAGCUCCUCCAGGAGCACACGAGACAGGACUGGAGGAAUAGAUGGAGAGGAUGAUGAUGACGAUGAGGAGCUGACAGAAGAGUCAAGCCUCCUCCUCGGCAGGGGGAGGGACAGAGAACGCUCAAUCAUCCGGCCUCGUUCCUUCAGCCACGGGCGCCUGCCACCACCCAUACCCCCCAGAAAACCACGAACAUCCUGGGGUGACAGAGAGAGAGAAAGAGAGAGAGGGGGGAGUCAACUAUCUCAACUCCAAGAGUGGUGGGCAAGCUGGAGUGAAAGAGAGAGGAGUGGAGCGGGCGUUGAUUCUGAGAGGCAAAAAAGGGAAAAGAAAAGGAGGAAAGAGAAGGAGAAAGAGAAGAAGAAGAAGAAAAAGAACAAAAAGAGGAAAAAGAGGGAAGAAAGGGAAAGAGAGCGAGAGAGAGAAAGGAAGCGGCGAAAGGUGAAAAAGAAGAAAAAGAAGCCCCAUCCUUACCCACAUCCCCACAGUCGCUCACACACCUCCCACUCCAAACGAGGGGCCACAACCCUUUCCCAUAGCCAGGAAGAGCUGCUCCCCCACUGCCACAGCUUCAGCGGAGUCUCUCGCCCCAAGCCUCUGCCUCCCAAACCAGACCAGUCCAAAUCCGGCAGCCAAUCUAACCUCAGCCUCAGCACACAGCCCACAGACCAUCCGCCUCUGCCUUCACCGUCGCCCCCCCAGCAGUCGUCCAUGUCUCCCUCCUCCCUCCCGAUGCCCAUCCCGCCUCCGCCCUCCACGUCCCCCAUCUCGCCACCUGCCGGGGUAGGGAUGGGGGGCCAGGGACAGGCUCAGGCUUCGGCCAGUGCCAAACUCCAAUAUCAGAGACUGCGCUCGGUGCCACAGCCGCGGAGGUUCUACUCCCCCCACCUGCCUCUCAAAGCCAAGAGCCUGUGCUCCCGCCGAGGGUCGGCCCAUUUCUCCAGCCUGGAGAGUGAGGUAUGA